AUGUCCUCCUAUACCCCCAAAUCGACCAUCCCCCAGCCCCGGCGCAAAUCCUCCAACCCCGCUAUGAACCCUUCCAAUUCCCCGUCGGCCGGCUCACCUAUCCCCAAUAUCCCCUCUCGAUCACCCAACACCACCCCCGCACCCGGUGCUGGCGCUGGCGCUGGUGCGGGCUCGUUCCGCCCUUCCUCUAUGUCAUUGUCUUCCCGACCCAACUCGGCCCGUCCUACCCCAAAGGCCAGUAUCGAGGGUCUGGGCGGAAAGAUCUCUCCCGCUGCCAUGGCGUCCGCAGCGGGCCGGUCGGGCCUGACGGCUCAGCUCGGUUCUUCUCCCUCUCCCUCUCCCGCUGUAGGUGAUAAUUCUCGUCGAGGGUCAAUGGCCCAAGCUCUUCGUCCGGCCUAUAUCUCGCAUCCAUCGGGCUCGAGCACUCCAGGAGCGGGUGAUUCCAGUUUUAGCGGAGUGGCGGAUGUGCGCGAAGAGGAUAAGAUGAAGGUGUUGCGGCGGCAUCUCGUUUCUGCGGAGGAGAGGGGGAGUACGGGUGGGUCGGGGUCGGGAGAGAAUACACCGGAUGCGGGCAUGAGUGGGGUCAGUCGGGCUGGACAGGGACAAGGCCAAGGACAAGGGGAGGAGGAAAGCGGGCAGGUGCAGGAGGACGAGGCGUUUGUUAUCCCGUAUGAUGCGCCAGGGAUGGACGUGACUCACGACCUCUACAAGUGGCAACAAGACCACCAGCGUACCACGGGCGGGCCCCAGCGCUCUGCCUCCUUCUCCCACCUCCCUACCGACCGGACGAGCACAAUUGACCCGUCCCUCGCGCACAUCCGGGAGCCGGGAGGGUUCAGGCGAAACUUUGUAGUCAACAAGGCGCAGGAACAGGGGUUGGAGCCUCCUACAUUGGUCAGGAACGUGGUGGACUUUUUGUUCUUGUACGGGCACUUUGCCGGAGAGGAUCUUGACGAAGACGAAGACGACGAUGAGGAAGACGAGGAAGAAGACGAAGACGAAGCCGGAGAAGGGCAAGACGACCUCUCCAAUCUCCCCACGGCGCGUCAAGUCGAGAAUGGCUCAGUCUCCACACGCGAGGUCUCCCGCUCGCCCCUCUCGCGAGCAGGUACGAGCCGCUCCGUGGCUCGCGAUCGCGGGGUGAGCGGAGAGAGGCAGCCAUUGCUCGGUAGGAAGAGCACGGCGGGGCCGGGGACGCUGCAGAGGAGCAAGUCGAGGCAUCGGCGCAUGAAGAGCUCGACGGGGGAGGGGACGGCUAGUUUUACGCAGGCCGUGUUGAUGUUGUUGAAGGGGUUCGUAGGCACCGGUGUGCUGUUUAUGGGCAAAGCCUUCUUCAAUGGCGGUCUUCUCUUUUCGUUGAUCGUCCUUCUUGCUCUGGCAGGUAUCUCGCUUUGGGCGUUCCUGCUGCUCGUUCAGGCGUAUUUGGCCGUUCCCGGGUCUUUUGGAGAUAUCGGAGGCGCGCUCUACGGCAAGUGGAUGAGAUUCGCCAUUCUGGCUAGUAUCGCCGUGUCCCAGAUCGGAUUCGUCGCAGUCUAUACCGUCUUUAUCGCCGAGAACCUCCAAGCCUUCAUCCUCGCCGUAACAGACUGCAAGACUUUCAUCGCCACAAAAUGGCUCAUCGCCGCUCAAUUAUCGGUGUUUAUGCCUUUGGCGAUGAUUAGGAAUCUCGCCAAGCUGAGCGGGACGGCCUUGAUUGCGGAUGUCUUUAUUCUCGUUGGAAUCGUGUAUAUCAUGGGGAACGAGACGGUCUUGUUGGCUACCAAGGGUGUGGCCGAUGUCGCUGCGUUCAACCCGACAAACUUCCCGCUGUUCAUCGGGACGGCUGUGUUUACUUUCGAGGGUAUCGGACUGGUCAUCCCCAUCACUGAAUCCAUGCGCGAGCCGCACCGCUUCCCACGCGCACUCAGCGGCGUCAUGAUCGUCGUCACUGUGCUCUUUGCGACUGCGGGGAUUAUGGGCUAUGCGGCGUACGGAAGCAAGAUCCAGACGGUGGUUAUUGUGAAUCUGCCACAAGAGGACAAGUUCGUUCAGGCUGUUCAGUUCCUCUAUUCGAUAGCUAUUCUCCUCUCUAUCCCCCUCCAGCUCUUCCCUGCUGUCCGUAUUAUGGAGAACGGCAUCUUCUCCCGAUCGGGCAAAUACAACGCUUCGGUCAAAUGGCAAAAGAACAUGUUUAGGGGCGUGAUCGUCCUGGGGUGUUCAUUGCUCAGUUGGGCGGGGAGUCAGCAGCUGGAUAAGUUUGUCAGUCUGGUCGGUAGUUUUGCUUGCAUCCCUCUCUGCUUCAUCUAUCCCCCUCUCCUCCACCUCCGAGCAUGCGCCAAGACCCGUAAAGCCAAAUUCCUCGAUAUCAGCCUUAUCAUCUUUGGAGUCGCCAUCUGCCUGUACACGACCGUGCAGACUUUGCGGAGCCUGUUUGAUCCGGCGGGGCCGCCGCCUACGUAUGGGAAGUGCACAGUGCCGGUGUAG